AUGGCCAACCUUGAGCAAACCUUCACUGCCAUCAAGCCAGAUGGCAUGCAGCACUGCCUGGUGGAUGAGCUACUGGCGGCCAUGAAGUUCCUUCAGGCUUCUGAAGGAUGCCUGAAGCUGCACUGCCUUGACCUGAAAGACCAUCCUUUCUUCCUAGGGCUGGUAAAGCACAUGAACUCAGGGCCUACGGUGGCCAUGGUCUGGGAGGGGCUCGAUGUGGUGCAGUCAGGCCUAGUGACGCUGGAAGAGACCAAUCCAGUCGAUUCUAAGCCAGGCACCAUUGUAGCAUUCAAGCUGGCAGGAACAUCAUGGCAGUGA